AUGCAGUCAAAUGCCUUUCAAGAUGAGAAACUUCUUGCUAAAAUGCAAACAUUUAAAGAUGAAGAUGGGCUUCUGAGAAUAAGAACCAAACUAGCAGACAGUUGUGAGAAGGAAGAUUUCAAGUUUCCAAUUCUCUUACCUGCCAAUGAUGUUGUAGUAAAAUUAAUUCGAGAGGAGCAUAUAAAAGCAAUGCAUGCAGGCUCUUCAAUAUUACUCGCCCGGCUUAGAGAGAAAUUUUGGAUAAUUAGAGCUAAAAGAUUAGUAAAGCAGGUUCUUUCUGAGUGUGUGAUUUGCAAGCGUUAUAAAGCUAAACAUCUUGAAGUGCUCUUCGCUUCACUGCCUAAAGAUAGAGUUACUCAGACAAAGGUAUUUGAAGUAACAGGUGUAGACUAUGCAGGUCCUCUUUAUCUUAAGUCUAAAGGAAAGGCCUGGAUUGUUUUAUUUACUUGUGCUGUCUACAGAGCAGUGCAUUUUGAAUUAGUCCGAUCACUCACUACUGAUACUUUUAUUCAAGCCUUAAGAUGGUUCAUUGCGAGAAGAGGCAGGAUUUCAGUACUUUACAGUGACAACGGUACUAAUUUCGUAGGGACAAAUAAUGCGUUGCGAGCAUUAGAUUGGGAUAAAAUUUCUGUGUACUCAACUGCUCAGAAAAUCACUUGGAAAUUUAUCCCACCCACAGCAGCCUGGUGGGGUGGAUGGUGGGAGCGUAUUGUGAGAACGCUCAAAGAGCUUUUACGUCGAGUGUUAGGAAAAUCUAUUGUAAAUUAUGAAGAGCUCCUAACCAUCUUAUGUGACUGUGAGUCAAUAAUCAAUGCUAGACCGUUGACAUACAUACAAGAUGAUCCAAAUGAAUUGCUACCUUUGACCCCAGCCAUGUUUAUUCACGGAAACAGCAACUAUGAAACACCAGAUUUCGAUAAAGUAGAUCGAUCUUCGUUGAUGGACAAGGAAAAGUGA